AUGGAUGAAUUGCUCAAGUCGAACAAUCCUCCGCUUGAAGCCGAGCGUGUUCAGCUGGAAGGCGUUAUAGGUGCAGGCCAUGGGUUUUUAGCCGGACUACAGGAACGGAUAACGCAGACACGGGCUGCGCCUGAGGCGCUUUUGGAUGAGGAGAGACGCGUCGAGCGCCUGAUUGGGUCCUGCAAGACAAUCCUUUGCCCCGUCCGUAUGAUCCCAGAGGACAUCAUACGCGAAAUCUUCUUGACAUACCACUUCGAAGCUGUAAUUGAAAGGCAAGGGAGGGAGUCAUUGAAUGGGCAGUUCGUGCCGUUGGUUCUUUCCCAGGUCUGCAGAGAUUGGAGGAGGAUCACACUGUCGACAUCCCUGCUUUGG